UUGAACGAAACAGACGAGUUUUUGAUUUAACCGUGGACCAUUCUUUCGCUGGACAAAACAUAGGAUUUUAUGUAUUAUUGGAAUAAAAUAUACAUAUUAAUGUAAAGCAAUUUUAGUUAUCAUGUAAUGGAUAAAAAAUUUGGAGAUGUUUGUCGCCAACUACUAUGGGAAGAUCCUCAAACUAUUCUCAUGUGUUUUCAGAAAUCUAUUAAAAAAAUGGAUAUGAGAACAUCCGAAGUUGUAAGUACAUGGGAUUCUUCAAAAUAUGGCUUAUCAUUGUGUUGCUCAUCAGAUAAUCGGUACACUUUUGUAACGGGAUAUAUUAAGAUUGCUCUAUGGGAUCAGAGACAAAGUGAUGCCAUUCAAACGUAUACUAUGGACAAAUAUAGAGGAGGUAUAUAUGCUUUAGAAUUUGAUAACACUCAUAUUUAUGUUCGUAAAGGCUUUAAUCUUUAUGAAUUAGAUUUUACGGAAAGACACCACUUUGAUCGCAUAGAAAUAAAAAAGUUAUUUGGCAAUUUUUAUUAAAUAAUGCAAAAUCGGUUUAAAAUUUUUUUAUUAUAUUUUAUAUGUUUACAUCAUUUUAAUGAAAUCUAUACAAAUUGAGAACCGCCGUGCUGCUCAAGAUGCGAUCAGUCAAAAAGAUCAUUCGAUUUGUUUUGUCUCUUUUUGUUGUACAUUCUCUUCACUGAAUUUUAUACAUGUAUAUAUUCAUGUAUACUCUACACAUAUGUAUAUAAAAAAUGGAGGCUUUCCAACAGCCUAUAAGGAAAAGAGACAAAACAAUCCCAUUGUUUUUCUCUGUUUUUUUUUAUGCUACACUUAUAUGAAAAAGCUUGUAUUAGACGAGCCUGCAUGCAACUUGUUGCAGCAAUUCACAAGCGAUCUAGUAAAUUACUAUAGCACAAAAAUUCAUAA